AUGGCCGAGUCUGCUGAAGACUGCUUCUGCAAAGGCUCGGCACCGCUCAAGAAGACGUGCCUCUUGAUGCUAAAGCUCCUACGCAGCAUGAAUAUGGAUUUCAAGAACGAGACUUUCCGGGAGAUAGCCAAGGAUAUGAACACUGACGUCGAAUCGCUCUUGCAAGUUUCACCCCUGGGCCAUUGCGUGAUAUGUCUGAGCAAGAAGCUCGCCCGACAGCUUGGGUGUCCCCACGCAACCGACGAGCAAGGACAGCUUCGACGAGACCGGAAGAAGAGGAAGCGGGAGAGGACCGAAGACAUGAGCACGGCAGGGCGGCAGACGAAGAAAGCACGAAUUAUAUCAACCGAUGAGGCGGUUCAAGUCGCGGAUUCUGCUACAGGGGUCAAUAAUACAGCAGCACCCGCGGCUCUCCUCAAUAUCAAAGAAGAAGAUGAAGACGAUGACAAUGACGGAAGCGAUGGAAGCGAUGGGAGCGCUGCCGCUCGCCGUUAUGGUUCUGCGCUGCUUGACGAGCUUGAAGCCAGCCUCGGGUGGGAGACAACGUCGAUGGAUGAGGAUGAUCUCCCUUGA